UAUCCUAGAGCCGGCACUGAAUCAUGAGGAUCUCAUGAUAGAAAAGAAGUGUUCAUCAAAUUCAAACAGAAAAGAGUUAAUAGGUUGGUUACGUAAAAAACAAGUAUCGGCAUGAGAAUGGAUUAGCUCUUUUCCUCUUUUUAAGUUGAGUGAAGUCGUUCAUGGCCGAUAAUAUUUCAGCGAAUAAUAUUAACUCAGCAAUAGUGUUGCCUGUGGAUGAUCUUGGUGAUCAUGCAGCUGCCUCCCAAUCCCAAACCAACAGUCACUUCAACAUCAUCUUUUCUAAACCUUUCAUGCAAAAGAUAAUAGCUGAGAUGGUGGGCACGUGGUUGUUGAUAUUUGCGGGAUGUGCAUCGAUGAUAGUGAAUAUAAACAAUGAUAAAGUGGUAACACUUCCAGGUAUAGCAUUCGUCUGGGGAUUCACUGUCAUGGUUUUGAUUUAUUCCGUCGGCCAUAUCUCCGGUGCCCAUUUCAAUCCUGCUGUAACCAUUGCUUUCGCCGCCUCCAAGAACUAUCCCUGGAAACAGGUACCAGCUUACAUAUUUAGUCAAGUGGUUGGAUCAACGCUAGCAGCAGGAGCCCUCCGAUUAGUAUUCAAUGGGAAGGAAGAUCAUUUUGCGGGAACACUUCCAGCUGGUUCAUAUAUGCAGUCAUUUGUGAUAGAAUUCAUAAGUACCUUCUACCUGAUGUUUGUUAUAUCCGCCGUCGCCACUGAUACCAGAGCUAUAGGCGAACUUGCUGGCCUUGCUAUUGGCUCUACCAUCCUUGUUGACGUGUUAUUUGCCGGACCAAUAACAGGAGCAUCAAUGAAUCCUGCAAGAAGCUUGGGGCCUGCAAUAGUGUCAAAGGAAUUCAAAGAUUUAUGGAUAUACCUGGUGGCACCAGUACUUGGAGCUGUAUCCGGUGCCUGGGUUUACAAUAUGGUCAGGUUCACGGACAAGCCAUCAAAAGAGAUCUCUAAGACUGCCUCCUUCCUCAGGAGUCCUGGAAGACAUGCCUAGCUCUUAAUUCCGACCUAAUAUGCUUAAUAUUUGUUAGCUUCAAGACCAAAAAUUUAGAGCUCAACACGACUGAGGUGUUUAUACCUUGACGUUUUUCAAUGUAAUAUACUCUCAAGUGUCAA